UUCAUGCAUUGCUGUUAUAUCAGUUAUGGUACGGUUAAAUUGUUCCAAACAACGCGUUCCCCGCAGUGACACCAUGCGCUUUCUCUGUCUAUUUCUGGCUUCAUGCCUCUGCAGCGUGGUUGCUGCUCAGAGGGAUGACCAAUACGAUGUUGUGGGUGUCUCCUGCGGACGCGACGAAGUCGUCAGCUGCAUGCUUGUCCAGUGCACAGCAGGCAGCUUCUGUCCGGCGGCACAGUACUGCUACGAUCCGAAAUGCGUUUGCCGUCGGGGCUAUCGGCGGGUGCGCGGUGCUUGUCAGCCCAAGCACAAGACCCAUCAGCUGGCUAGCGAUACCCGCAACGCGGCCUUGCUGCAAACACAUUUCCGAGAGAAUUUUCACUUUUAA